GUGUUGCAGUGUCCUUGGAAGUUUCAGAGAGCCCUGGGAGUAUCCAGGUGGCCCGGGGCCAAACAGCAGUCCUGCCCUGCACUUUUUCUACCAGUGCUGCCCUCCUUAACCUCAACGUCAUUUGGAUGGUCAUUCCUCUCUCCAAUGCUAACCAACCUGAACAGGUCAUUCUUUAUCAGGGUGGACAGAUGUUUGAUGGUGCUUCCCGGUUCCAUGGUAGGGUGGGAUUUACAGGCACAAUGCCAGCCACCAAUGUCUCCAUUUUCAUUAAUAACACUCAGCUGUCAGAUACAGGCACCUACCAGUGUUUGGUCAACAACCUUCCAGACAGAGCGGGCAGGAACAUUGGGGUCACUGGCCUCACCGUGUUAGUUCCCCCUUCUGCCCCACACUGCCAAAUCCAAGGAUCCCAGGACAUUGGCAGUGAUGUGAUCCUGCUCUGUAGCUCAGAGGAAGGCAUUCCCCGGCCAACUUACCUUUGGGAGAAGUUAGACAAUACCCUCAAGCUACCUCCAACAGCUACUCAGGACCAGGUCCAGGGAACAGUCACCAUCCGGAACAUUAGUGCGGUGUCUUCAGGUCUGUACCAGUGUGUGGCUUCCAAUGCCAUUGGAACCAGUACCUGUCUUUUGGAUCUUCAGGUGAUUUCACCCCAGCCCAGGAGCAUUGGACUUAUAGCUGGAGCCAUUGGCACUGGUGCGGUUAUUACCAUUUUUUGCAUUGCACUGAUUUUAGGGGCAUUCUUUUACUGGAGAAGCAAAAAUAAGGAGGAGGAGGAAGAAGAAAUUCCUAAUGAAAUAAGAGAGGAUGAUCUUCCACCUAAAUGCUCUUCCUCUGCCAAAGCAUUUCAUACGGAGAUAUCCUCCUCAGAGAACAACACACUGACCUCUUCCAAUACCUACAACAGUCGCUACUGGGGCAACAACCCAAAAGUUCAUGGGCACACGGAGUCCUUCAACCACUUCAGUAACUUGCAUCAGUCUUUCUCCCUCCACUCAGGCAACACCCAUAUCCCAUCCAUCUAUGCCAACGGGAACCAUCUGGUCCCGGGUCCACAUAAGACUCUGGUAGUGACAGCUAACAGAAGCUCAUCACCACAGAUCAUGCCCAAGAACAAUGGCUCCGUCAGCAGGAAGCCCCAGCCUCCACCCACACACUCCUACACCAUCAGCCAAGCAACACUGGAGCGAAUCGGUGCGGUACCUGUCAUGGUGCCAGCCCAGAGUCGGGCGGGAUCCCUGGUAUAGGACACAAGAGGAUGUUGUACUCAGAAAAGAACAAAUGGAAUGCCUCUGUACAAGGGUAAGAGUGGGGUGGGCAAGUGCUGGGAAAGAUACACUUUCCUUAUCAUUCUAUUAGUAAAAGCACAAAAAGAAGGCAGUGCUGCUUCCUGGCCACCAAGCUGAGUCACAUGGACUGGAGUACUCUGUCACAAAGAAGAAAGAAUUGUUUCCCCGCCACAGAUGUUCUGGGAUUCUGUUCCGAUAGCUGCAUCUCAAAGAUGUGCCAAGCCAAGGAGAAAGAUCUAAGAGCAGCAUAGCACUUAAAACCUGCACUGCAGCCCAGACGGACUGCUUCUUUAAUUCAUGCCUAACUUGAUAAUUUUCAAGAGACUAAAGUGCCAGAUGAGAUUUAAAUAAUAAAAUUAUUUAAAAAUACAGGUGUCCUUAGGAAAACGGUGAGCAACCCUGUGAUGUGUUCUGCCCCUCCCAACUCCCUCAUUAGGUAGGGGGCUUCGUGGCAUAAAUGUUUGAUACUGACCCCAACAGGGCUGGCUCUUUUAUCACAGAAUCAAAACUUUUUUACAUGAACAAAAUGCCAUGAGAAAUGGGGGGGACGACAAAGGAAACUUCUUUGAGAAACUCCUCCAGAUUUAUUUAUUUAUCUCUUCCUGAACCAUGCAUUUCAUAUUUGGAAUUUUGCUGUAUUGGCAGAUUCUUGCCUGUCUGCGUUAUUCUGGGAUCUGUUGCAGAUCCACGGCAACUUGUGCUCAUUAUUUCCUGGGAAAAUCUUUUUAAAGGAAAACUGUUUUUUUGUUGUUUUUUUCUUUUAAAUACAUGAGAGGCAUAGGGCUAGGAAAGAAAAGACCCAGCACCUUGUUCAGCGGUUGUAUUUAGCGAGCCCGGGAGGAGGCGUUACAGAAGGGCUAGGUUAUAUGGUCAGAGGCAGGCAGGCAGCUGUGAGAGACCCUGGCCUCGCCUGGCAGGAUCCGGAGGAGUGCAGCCCUGUAGGGCCCUUGUGUUGUCUAUCAGGGUGCUCUUAGGGCGGGCAGCACCUGAUGGCUUUUGACAGGCAGAAGUUAGUAUGUUGUUACAGGAAGGGCAGGGAUAGUUUGUUUCAGAAUAAUUCUUUUUGCAAAAGAGAUGAAACAGGAAAUGGGGUGUCCCCCAGAGUGUUCCUGGGAGGGUCUGCCCAACCAACACUUGACAGCUCAGGUUUGCAAUUUUGCCCAAAUUAUUUUACAGCACUAUGAAGUGAUUCCUUUUGUUUCAUUAUCUGGCUUGGCGGGCCUUGAAGUUCACCAGAUUCAUUUACAAGCUCCCCAUUCCACUUUGUGCUAUGAAGAUCUGGCUGUACUUGUGUUAGUGACUAUCUCGCCUUAAUCACACUUUAACCCGUAAAUGAUUUCUUCCCGCAUUUAUUUCCUGAGCUAUUUAUAAUACUGAGCCCAAGGUUCAAUAGGAGCAUCUUUCCUUCCCUCAGGUGCUCUUACUUCCUGUUCACACCAUGGGUUCUGCCUUCUUUUCCUGCAAGCAUAAUCUCCACGGGGAGUGGCCACCCCUCGUCUUCCCAGUUACUGAACUCAGUGCAGACAAACAGCUGCUGCAAACGCUGUCUUUCCAAAAGGGCCACGCUCAGAACCUAACCAUUGCAACCGUUUUUAUGUUGAUAAAAAGCUGAAUUUAUCGUAGCAGCACUUAUUUUUUCCAUUUGACCUUGACUUUGUAAAAAAUUUAAAUAAAUGAAUGUCUAUACUUUUUAUAAAGAAAAGUGAAAAUACCAUGUCACAGAAAAGAGGCUAUCAACUGUUGUUUAGAAAGCAUUUAUCUUACAUUUCUUUAUUCUUUCUAAUUAUCUAAAAAAAACAAUAAAAAGUUUAUUCAUAUAAAA